AGCACAACGGCGGCUGCUCCGAACGCACUCCCGCGCCCACAGCCUCAACGCUGAAGAACAACAAUAGAAGUCCGGCUAAGCGCUCCCGUUGCUCCCCGUCUUCUCGCCCUUCAUGUUCUUCUCCGUCGCCCGGCUGCGACUCGCCCUUGCGUCUGUCCUUCUCGCCCCCACUGUCUUCGUCGCUGCUCGCGAAGACUCCCUUUUCACCUCCUCCGUUACCUAUUGCGCUCCCCCAGAGUCCCUCCUUGUCGAGCAGUUUGACAUUGCAUAUUUUGCAAAGAACCAGUCCAUCGUCUUCAACGUCUCUGCCGCCAGUGUGGUCGCCAACAUCAAUGUCAACGCGAAUCUCUUUCUCAAUGUCUAUGGCAUGCAACCCGUCAACAUCACCCUAGACAUCUGCUCUCUCUUUGACGGUGCUCUCUGCCCGCUCCCGCUCUACAACUUUACCGGUUCCGACUCCAUUUCCCUCCCCAAGGAUGUUGAUGUCGCCUCCAAUCUCCCCCAGAUCGCCUACUUCAUCCCCGAUCUAGAGGCGUACGCUCAGCUUACCCUCACCGACGUCAAGACCGGACAAGUCAGGGCCUGCGUCCAAUCCACCCUCUCCAACGGCUGGUCAACCCACCAAACUGGCGCAGUCUGGGCCGCCGCCAGCAUCGCCCUCCUCGCCCUGGCCGCUGCCAUAUGGCAGUCUAUUUUCGGCAGCAGCUCCUCACUCGCUCCCAUCCGCCUGAUUGAUACCAUCUCGCUAUUUCAGACCAUCGCGCUCUCUGGUCUGCUCGCCCUAAAUUACCCCUCCCUUUACCGCUCAUACACCUUCAACUUCGCAUGGGCCCUCGGUCUGUUUACCGCCUCCGCAUCUUCUUCGAUGCAGGCGUCCAUCAACAACAUGCGCAAGCUCACAGGCGGGCAUCUGUCCGACGAGAGUGGCGAUGGAGCCAUCUCCUUCGUCAACCGCAAACUCAGUCCCUACAACCAGGCCGGCUUCGUAGCCUCGCAGUCGCUUGUGGAGUCCGCGUCGUCCCUCGCACGCAUCAAUUUGGCCGACUUCACGUCAUUGAAGGCGUCGAAUUUCACCCUCCCGACCACUCAGGUCCUCGUUGGCGGCAACGUCGCCACCGUCACCGACGAAUCAUCCAACGUCCUCGAGGCCGGCAUCCCCAUUUUCACCAGCUCAAUCGGUAUCGCGACGGCCAACGCGUUCAUGACAGUCUUUUUCAUGACUCUCAUUAUUGCCGCGAUCACCAUGGGCGCGCUCGCGCUGGUGUACGGUAUCACGCUGGGACUUGGGCGCACCGAGUUUGGGCGGAAGCAUCCCAGCGUUGAGCGGUUCCGCUCAACGUAUCCGGCAUUCGCUCAGGCGUGGGGACUUCGCGCCGCGUUGCUAUGCGCGCUUCCGAUCCUCGUCUUCACCUUUAACCAGUGGACCUUGAAGGACUCGUGGCUCGCAGUCCUUCUCUCGGUCUUUCUGCUCCUCGGUCUCAUGGCGAUCAUCCUCCCUGCCGCUUUCUUCGCCGUCCGGUCGUCCCUGCCAACGGCCAAGUGGUCUGACAAGAAGGCCCCGGCCUCUGUUGCGCCGUUCACCGCGCCGUACCGCGAGAAUCGGGUGUACUACGUGAUCGCGCUGCUUACGGUUAUGGUCGUCAAGGCGCUCGUGACCGCGUUCGGCUUCGCCCAUGGCAUCGCGCAAGCCAUCCUUUUCGUCGUCCUCGAGGCGCUCCUGCUCGGCUGCAUCAUCAUCCUCAAGCCGUACCCCACGCGCCGCGCAGACUUCCUUAUGGGCUACCUUUGCGUCACCCGCCUCGUCUGCAGUGGUCUUAUGAUCGCGUUUGCGGAGAGUCUUUCGGUGCAGCCCAUCCCGCGCGUCGCGAUCGGUGCCGUCACAGCGGUCAUCUUCUCCGUCGCGUGCGUGGUGAUGUUCUUCAACACCCUGGUGAACAUCGGCCUAUGGCGCCUGUUCAAGUACGCGGUGUGCUGUGGCUACCGCACACGGCGCCCUGGCGAUACCGAGCUGGCGAGCAACCCGAGCGACUCGUCGAUUGCCGAAAAGGGCGACGGUGCGCGCUACAGCGGGGAGCAGGAGAAGAAGGACAACAUGACGAUCACGACGGCCCCGUCGCAGUACUUCCACUCGCGUCCGGGCAACCCCUCACCACCGAGUACGUCCGUAUCUCUGACGCCGAGGAGCGAAACAUCAAGCACGACGCUUGGUGAGACGCUCCCGCGGAGAUGGUCGUUCCAAUACUCACGGCCACCCUCAGCGGCGACAGACUCGCCGCAUUCACCACCAUACACCUACCGGACGUCGACAGCGGCGUCGUCCCCGAUCCCCGGCCAGCGACAUAGCCGGAACAUCUCUUCGUCUGUCCCUACGCCUCUAGAAGAGUACCCUACGCACGAGGCGCACCGCGCCUUCUAGAUACUGGAUCCCUGCCUGUCGCAUCUCCCCUGGUCUCCUGCAUUUUCUCGCCAUUCCACGUUAUCCAUCUCCUCCGGUGCGGGUGCACCGAUGCAUUACAUACUCACGUCCGUCGCAUUCUCCGCACAUCGCUAGUCGUAUCGUACACAUAGUCGCACGUUCGUUUUCCUGACACAUAGAGGCUCCAAUUGCAUGCAUAUUCUACCAGCAGCGAUGUAUAGUACAGUAGAAUGUAGCAAACAG